AAAGCCCUCUCAAGCUGAUCAACUGUCAUGGCGACUUCCAGCGUGGCUGACACUCUUGAGAGAGAGCAACUCGGCUUUGAUCCCUCCCCGUGGGGUGAUUUUUUCAUCGCCUUCGAGCCACCGGCGCUGCAGAGGUCGGAGGAAUGGAUGCUCACAAGGGCUGAAAAGCUCGCGAGGGACGUCCGGGAGUUGUUCAGGACCUGCAACAACACGACGGUGAGAAUGCUCCUGGUGGAUACAAUUCAGCAUCUCGGAAUACAUCACCGGUUCCAAGAGGAGAUCGAUGCCGCUCUGCAAGAAAUGUGGUGA